AUGCUACAGAACGGUGUCGGUCGCGGCGUGGUUUGGAACCGUCACCCCUGGGGCCCAAUAUCAGCACCUUUGGAGAUACAGGCCAUUCGAUCUCUUCGGGAUGAUUUGAUACACAACUUGAUUCAUUGUCGAUCCUUCUUCAUCUUCUGUCGAUAUCCAGAGGGUCGCCCUGACAUGAGUCAUGUCACUAUCACCGAUGCCGUGGCGGUCUUCUUUGCCCUUGUCAUCGAUGCAUGCCUACCAGUCUCCUCGUUCCAUCUGAUCUAUGCAAACAAACACUCACGUACCUUAAUCAUGGAUAUGCGUCGUCUCCCAAAAUUACUUUAUCGUCAGCCCCAAUUCAAGCUUGUCUGGGGCAAUCUCAGGAAGCUAUCCUUGGAGCAAUAUCUCACCCUGGACAAUUUCGGGUUCCUUCUUGAACUGGUUCUCAGCGCUCCGAAUCUUCAAAUUCUGCUGUUGAAUCUUGGUUCCCAUGACCUGGCGGCCGAGUUUAUGCAUGAACUUGCCGAAAGCGCUGAGUUCUCCGGGUUGUGCGAGCUCGCUCUUUUCCGAACUUCCAUCCAGGGUCCUGAUCUCAAUAAAAUCCUCAGAAAGGUUCGUGCUAAUCUAACUAUACUCACGCUGUUUCAUGUGACAUUAGCACCGGGCAGUGAUUGGACUCCAUUCCUCAAAGAGCUUGGUCAAGGAUUCACAGCCUUGUGUCAUAUCUCGCUAUAUUAUUUAUGGGCCAGCACGCCCGCAAAGGGUCUAGUGAACUUCCCCAAUAUUCAGAAAACACCGAACUCGUGCAUAUCGAAAGACCAAAAUCUGAACAUGCUUUACUCGGAGGAAGAUAGUCCCACUGUUCUAGGGGUUGAGUACUCCGGGUCAAGGGUGUCAGAUGUACUGAGUUUGUUGCAAGGGUCACCCUGA